AUGGAUGUAAGAAGAAGCUUUCCUUUAGUCAGAUAAAACUAACAUGUAAUGGCCAAGAAUUAACAAUGCCAAAGAGGAAUGAAAAGGUCAAAAGACUAAGCAUUCUAAUUUGUUAACCUAAUUUAACAAGUCACAUAGAUUCUCUCUAAAGAGCGAGCUUUUAGAACUAAAGAAGAGGUCAGUUUGGUAGCUAUUGUAAUUAAGUAAAGUAAUUUCUUUAAAUUUUAUGAAAAAGAGUUUGAAAAAUCACCUUCUGCUCUUAAGCAAAUUGUAGAAAGCAUGAGUUAUGAGUCUUAUAUUGCUGGCUAAGAAAUCUAUACUGAAAAAGACAGAGCUAAAAAGGUUUAUAUAGUUUUAUCUGGUGAUGUCUGCAUUCUUAGUCAAAAGAUAAAAAAAGAUAAAUUUAAAAACAUUAGCAACCAAAAUAAAAGUGGAGGUUCAGAAUAAUUUAACCUUUAACAAUAAAUGAAAUUAAAGUCAUUUUUAGAUAGCGAACUUCUUUUAGAAAAGUCAUUUUCCCAUAGCUUCAAUUAAUUUAAAUAGCUAGAGUCUAUCUCUUAAUAUGAUUUUUUUGGAGACACAGACGUGAGAUAUCUCUCUAAAAAUUCUUUUAGCGCUGUUGCUAAAACUAGAGUAGAGUGUGCUGUAAUCCCUUAAGAAGUUUUCAACAUCUAUCUGGGAGAAACAUCAGAAAUCGCUUUACAGGUAAAGGAAAUGCUUAAAUGUAGCCUAUUUAAAUUUUUGGACCCUUAGUAUGUAGAGUAUUGCCUUAAAUAUUCAAAGGAGAUAAUAUUUCCUAAAUAGAAAAUAAUAUUUAAAGAAGGAGAGAACUCAAGUGAGGUAUACUAUAUUAAGUAAGGUGAUAUAGAAUUAAGUGCUACGCUCCCUAAACAAUCAGAUUAAGAAAUAAAAGUUGAAGACAUAGAAACAAAUAUAGCAGCUCAACAUGAUCAUAAUGAGAAUGAAAUGGAUAGCUUUGACCCAGACAAAUUUAUCAAAAGCAACUUAUUCAACUAAACUUUGUAUGAGAAGGGAGGACCUGUGAGUAAAAAUAGAUAAUUUUGGAACCAGGGUGAUACUGAAGGCUAAGAUUAUAUAACUAAACUAAAGGAGCAGCUUGAUUUUAAAUGCAAACAAUUUUAGUAGAGGGGUAUUCAAUAUACUUAGAUCAAAGUUGAAGAUUAAGUGAAGAAGUUUAUGAUUGCAUCGCUAUCAAAUAAAUUUUAAGAUAAAGGGAAAGGAAAUUUCAUAAGCUAAGCUAUAAAUCGAAAUGUAAACUGUGGACUAAAACUGGCUUUGUUAAGUAAAGGAGGAUAUUUUGGUGAAGAAGUUAUUUUCUAACAUCCAUUAAUGCAUUAAGAAAAUAGCAAUAGUGGUACUAUUUCGCCUUAUGUUAAAGAAAAUAAAAAGCAAAAAUCUCAAAAUUAUUUUUUUGAUGAAUUAAAGAUUAAUUCAAAGUAGCAUGAAAAUGAAAACAAUAAGCAUAAAAAUAACUAUUUUCUAGUGAGCUCAUAAAAAGAUGGAAGUAAAAAUAAUUAAAACUAAGAGCAAGAACUAGAUGACAACAUUUCUCGAUAAUACACUGUAAAAUGUCAAUCUGCUUCAUGCAUCUUGUUAAAAAUAGAAAUGGAACUUUAUUUAAGCUUAAUUUAUCUAAAUCAGAAGUAAUCUCAGGCAAAAAAAUAUCUUGAAAGCUAGCUUAAAUAAGAAAGAAGACAACUAAAACUGAAGAAUCACCUCAAUUUGAUUUUGAAACCAAAUAAAAUAUUUACAUAACAAAAUGAAAUAGAUUAAGCUCCAAGCAGUAUUAAAGGUGGAAAAAGUAUAUAAUUCUUCACAAAUAGUGUUAGCAAUUAGUAAUUAGUUUAGGAAGACUCAUCAACACCGAAUUCAAAAAAGUUAGAGUUGUCAUAAAAACUUAAUAUGUCUCAUAGUUUUAGUAAUUAGUUCUAUAGUAAAAAAUAAGACAUAAUAGAUUCAAGUAGCAGCACUUUCCCCUCUACUGAUAAAAAUUAGCUAUUUAGCUAAACGAAGAAUUUCUAAUCAAACGAGAUAAGGUAGAAGAAUAAUUCAGAGUGUUUUAGUGUGCCUUCGCAAUUAAAUCAAUAUCAGAUUAACAAGAUCAAGCAACGAAAUUCAAUAGAUAAAAUAAAUCUGACUUAAUCUUAAGAUCUUUAAAAUUAAGAGAGUGUAAGCACUUAUAUCUAAGGUAAAAAAGGCCUUAAAAAUAAUAAUUCUCUUUAAUAAUAUCGUUAGAACCAUUAAAAUAACCUGUCUUAAUAAGAUUUUUCAGAUAUGUUUGGCUCAUAUAUGUAACAAGAGAGUUAAAUUUAAAAAAAGAAUGUAACUGAUUUAAACUUAAAAUAAUAAAAACAAGGAAUUAACAAAUCAAAAACAGCACAGAAAUAAAGUCAAAUGAGAGAGGAAAUAGACAAUUUGUAUUAUACGUUUUCUUCCAUAUUGUAAAAAGAAGAAAAUAGGUAGAGAUAAAUAAGCUUAAUGACUAAUACCUUAGAGAAAAUAUGCAAUAAUAAUUAUUACAAUAAAAAUGUUUAAAAAGAUAAUUAGCAGUAGCAGGGUCUUUCAAUAACACUUCCCAAUUAAAGCCUUUCUGAAUAAAAAGAAUUUUAAUUUUUGUCACCUAUUUAGUCAGCCACAAAAGGCGUAGAAAGAGUGUUUUUUUCUUCGCAUUAUCCAUAAUUAAGCUAACUUAUUAAUUACUCAAAUAAUGAUAAUAAUACAACAGGUGAUCUAAUAAAAAAAAACAUUUCUUUUACAAACUAAGCUUUAAAUACUAAGUUAAGUCUUAAAAAAUAAGCACUCGACUAAUCAAAAGAUUUUGCAAGUUAGAGUGAAUAAAUCAAUCCAAUAAUUUAAAAGUAAAAGUUUGCUGGGAACUGCGAGAAUUUAAAAAUAAAAAGUGAUGUUUAGAAAAAUUAAACUAGAGAAGAAAGUUAAUAAUAAAAUAAACAAAUAGAAAAUUAGUUUAAUGAGAGUAGAGAAAGUUUUAAGUCGAAAUUAAUUUCGAGUUCAACAAAUGAAAAUGAGCAAAAUCCAAAGAGCAUAAGUUUUUAGUCAAAAGAGCAUAUUUAAAAUAACUAAAAAGAGGACUUUAAUGUAGAUUAAGAAAAAGUGUUUGUAUUUGACUAAUAAAACAGUCAAAUCAACAACUAAACUUCUUUCCUAUAAAAUAGCUUUAUUUCUAUUUAAGAAGAUGAUAAAGAUUAAUAAUUACUUCAAACAAAUAAUUCUUAACAAGAAAACAUAAGCCAAAAAAAAUUUUUAAUUAGAGAUAAAAAUGUAUUUAUUUAUCCUAAAAAAUAUGUGCUCUAACCUCUAUUUAGCGAAAUAAUCGAAAAUGAAGUAGAGAGGCUUCAACAAAGUGAGUAAAAAAAGCAAAAUGAAAGAAUUAAAAUUGAAAUUAACUAAGACUUUUACAUAAAAAGAUACAGGAAAGCCUAUAAGGAGGCGUUUGAUUUAGUAAAGAGGCCAGAAAAAAAGCAGGUGAAUUCUAUAUUCGAUGAAUUAGAAAACUCAUCAGAAAAGCAGAAUAAAAAGCAAAAAUAAGAAAAUUUAUCAUUAAUUAUUUAAAAGAAAUUUUAAAUUGACAAGCAAUUCCCAAAUUCUUAAAGAGCUAAGGAGAUAAAUGACUUUUUUAGUAAUCAUAUUAAAAAAUUGGACGAAUAGCACAAAUCAAAAUUAGAUAAAUUUAAGAGAGAAAAGGAUAUAAAUGCAAUAAUUACAAAGUAGUUAGUAUAUAAGCUAGAAUAGCAAAACAUAAAAAGGCGGAACGAUCUUAACUAUGCUGGCACGAAUUUUAAUUUCAUUUUAAAAGAUGCAGAUAAAAAAAAUAGUCUUUGUGCAAAAAAUAAUAAUAUUUCACAUGAAAACUAGAACUAGAAAUAAGUUAAAUGA